UUGACCACUUAGAGCCGAUUACUAGCUAAGCUCAAUGUCCACACGGUGUGGCUACUAUGACAACACACUCUUCUUCCCAACUCUCAAAUUCUACUAAAACGCUAACCAUGUCCUGAAUUUUUAUAACCACCAUGGAAACCACCGCACUCCGUCACGCAAUCGGCGUGACCGACUUUCCCUCCCUUACUUACUCUAAACGACGUCGUCUCCACUCUCUCAAAUUCAUUUCCCGUCCUCCUCCUCUCAAUCUCCCCCGUUUUAGUAACCGUCCGAUCAACAACCGCAAACUCCGCUGCAUCGCACACGGCAACAGAAACCACCACCACCACCACGAUCACGACCACAACCACAAUCAUACUCACCACCACCACCAUGACCACCACGGCCACGGCCACGGCCACGGCGAUGUGGAGAAGCUGAGUGGAGCGCAGAGAGGUUUAAUUAGGUUUGCAAAAGCGGUGAAGUGGAUAGAGCUAGCUGAUUUGCUAAGAGAGCAUUUGCAGCUCUGUUGCUGCUCUGCGGCUUUGUUUAUUGUAGCUGCUGCUUGCCCUUACUUAAUUCCGAGUAAAGCCAUUGUCAAGCCCUUGCAAAAUGCGUUCAUGAUCGUCGCCUUCCCUCUCGUCGGGGUCUCGGCAUCCCUUGAUGCUCUUAUUGAUAUUACUGGUGGGAAGGUGAAUAUUCAUGUGUUAAUGGCUCUUGCAGCCUUUGCAUCUGUAUUUAUGGGCAAUGCAUUGGAAGGAGGAUUGCUUCUCGCAAUGUUCAAUCUCGCCCAUAUUGCUGAAGAGUUCUUCACCAGUCGCUCCAUGGUAGAUGUUAAAGAGUUGAAAGAAAAUCAUCCUGAUUCUGCUCUCGUGCUAGAUGUAAACGAUGAGAAACUAGCAGAUCUUUCUGAUUUAUCAUACACAAGUGUUCCAGUGCAUGAUGUAAAAGUGGGCUCAUUUAUUUUGGUCGGAACUGGUGAGGCUGUUCCUGUAGAUUGUGAAGUUUUUCAAGGUAAUGCUACAAUUACUAUUGAGCAUUUGACUGGUGAAAUCAAACCAGUAGAAGCAAAAGUUGGAGACAGAAUUCCUGGUGGUGCAAGGAAUUUGGAUGGUAGAAUGAUUAUGAAGGUCACAAAGAUGUGGAAAGAGUCAACACUGAACAGAAUUGUACAAUUGACUGAAGAAGCACAAUUAAAUAAACCAAAGCUUCAAAGAUGGCUGGAUGAAUUUGGCGAGCACUACAGCAAAGUGGUUGUAGGAUUGUCCAUUGCUGUUGCUCUACUUGGACCAUUUCUUUUUAAGUGGCCAUUUUUCAGCACAUCAGUCUGCAGAGGAUCAAUCUACAGAGCACUAGGGCUUAUGGUGGCUGCAUCACCGUGUGCCUUGGCUGUAGCUCCAUUAGCAUAUGCCACUGCUAUAAGUUCUUGUGCUAAAAAGGGAAUAUUGCUUAAAGGAGGCCAGGUUCUAGAUGCUCUAGCUUCAUGUCACACAAUUGCAUUUGACAAAACUGGGACAUUGACAACCGGAGGGCUGAAGUUUAAAGCUGUUGAGCCAAUUUAUGGACAUCAGCUAGUAAACAAGGAUACAAACUUCACGUCCUGUUGCAUUCCCAGCUGUGAGAAAGAAGCGCUUGCUGUAGCGGCCGCAAUGGAAAAGGGUACGACUCACCCUAUUGGAAGAGCUGUUGUGGAUCAUAGCAUAGGCAAAGACCUACCUGCUAUUUCUGUGGAAAGUUUUGAAUGCUUUCCUGGUAGGGGUCUUACUGCAACUUUGAAUAACAUUGAGUCACCAACUGGAAGGGUUAAGUUGUUGAAGGCAUCACUUGGUUCUGUAGAGUUCAUCACUUCACUUUGUAAAUCUGAAGAUGAAUCAAAGAAAAUCAAGGACGCAGUUAAUGCAUCUUCUUAUGGAGGUGACUUUGUUCACGCUGCUCUUUUCGUAGACGAAAAAGUCACAAUGAUUCACCUUGAGGAUAGACCGCGAGCAGGAGUUUCUGAUGUCAUAACAGAAUUACAAAAUCAAGCGAAGCUCCGUGUUAUGAUGCUCACUGGUGACCAUGAAUCAAGUGCAUGGAGAGUUGCAAAAGCUGUGGGCAUCUCUGAAGUUCAUUGCAGCCUGAAACCCGAGGACAAGCUUAAUCAUGUGAAGAGUAUCACUAGGGAUAUGGGAGGAGGUCUGAUUAUGGUAGGUGAAGGCAUCAAUGAUGCGCCAGCACUUGCGGCUGCAACUGUAGGAAUUGUUCUUGCUCAACGAGCAAGCGCAACUGCCAUAGCUGUUGCAGAUGUCCUAUUGCUGCGGGAUAAUAUAUUAGGUGUUCCAUUCUGUAUUGCAAAGUCUCGCCAAACAACAUCCCUGGUAAAGCAAAAUGUGGCCCUUGCACUAACUUGUAUAAUUUUGGCCUCUCUUCCAUCUGUUAUGGGAUUUCUUCCCCUGUGGCUAACGGUCCUUUUACAUGAAGGCGGUACUCUUCUUGUUUGCCUCAAUUCUAUACGUUCGCUUAAUGACCCGAAAUGGUGUUGGAGGGAGGACCUAUUGCAUGCUGUAAAAGAUUUCAAAAUGCCAUCGAAGAUGGGCAACGGAAGCUCAAGCUCCAUACAGGCAGCUCCUUUAUAGCCCUUGCUCUCUUCCUUUUUUGUUUUUGUUUUUGUUAUUAUUAUAAUUAUUAUUUUCACCUCUCCAUGAAGCAAUUGAAAUAUCAUGCUCAUGAAAUAACUGUGUAAAAAGAAGCAAGAAACACAGAUAUGUGCCAAAUGAGUAGCUGUUUUUGUGCAGAAUUAGAUUUUCUUUUUUACUUCUUUUGAGUAAGAACUAUGUAUAGUUCCCAUAGCAACGGGUAUAAGUUUUUGCUACGGUUUAUAUUACUUAGGACUGUAUUUGAACAUUAUGGUAUUAUUAAUAUUAUUAUUUUGAAACA